AUGACUGCGACGGCUAUCACCCAGUCUAUCGAGGAGGCUAACCACUCCAUCUCUGCCGUUGCACAAACCCCCAAGCAGGCCAGUGGUGCUCAAGCAGCCCUCGCCACGGGCGGAUACGAGUUUCCCGGGAUUCCCAAGAUCGACGACCCCUACAAGAAACGACAAUGGCAACUAGAGCACAUGGCGGGGGCCUUUCGAGUAUUCGCACGAAAGGGCUUCACCGAAGGCACUAGCGGUCAUAUCAGCGUGCGCGACCCAGUUGACCCGUCGACAUUCUGGAUCAACCCUAUGGGAAAGCACUUUGGCAUGCUCAAGGCCAGCGACAUGGUGCAGAUUGACGAGGACGGCCAGGUUAUCGGCGGCAAUAAGACGGCCAUCAACGCAGCCGGGUUCAUGAUUCACAGUGCCAUUCACCGAGCGCGACCCGACGUGCACGCUGCCUGCCAUACCCACUCGCCGGCGGGUAAGGCCUGGUCGACAUUUGGACGUCCACUCGACAUCAUCAAUCAGGACACCUGCAACUUCUGGGGCACCCAGGCCGUCUACAAGGCAUUUGGCGGAGUUGUCCUGGGGGCUGAGGAGGGGGUGCGAAUUGCCGAGGCCCUGGGUGACACUGGUCGGGUCAUGGUGCUUCAAAACCAUGGGCUUUUGACGACGGGUGGCACAGUGGAUGAGGCUGCUUAUCUGUUCACUCUAAUGGAGCGUUCUUGCGAGGUUCAACUCAUGGUGGAAAGCACGGGUCUUCCCAAGAACUUGAUCGGAGAGAAGGAGGCGAAGUUUACGGCCCAGGUGAACGCCGAUCCUGAAACUCUUUACACGGAAUUCCAACCAGACUUCGAGUUUGAAAUCUGGAAAUCCAAAGGAGAGCUCUGCAAGGGCGAGUAA